AUGAAAAGAAGAAUAAUCCAAGACGAAGAUGAUGAAAUGAUGAAUAGUGUGAAUAUCAAAGAUGAAUCGAGUAAUGAUUCCAAUGGAAAUGUUGCAUCACAAUUUCGGAGAUUGUCAAUACAUAAUGUGAUGAAUGAAACUCUUCUUCCUCUUCCUUCCGAUAUCGAUACACCCAUCCUAUCCGAAAAGGAGAAGAAGAAACAAUAUAACAACUUGAUCCGUACAGCAAGAGAUUUGGAAAAGAAAGGGGAAGAUCCAGUUAAAUUCAUUCACAUGUUCGAACAGGCCUAUUCUCUCUUCAGUGUUGAUGAUAAAUUAUCAAAAAAAAUUGAAAAAUAUAAGAGAUUAUUGGCAGAAAGGAUUUUUCUAGAACAGACUCAAAUGUUACAAACUGAAACUAAUCAAAAUAUUGUAAAGAAUGAACCAAUUAGGACCUCGUUUGCAACCAAUUCUUCAAUCAACUUGCAAAUUAAAGAGGAAAAGCUCAUUCUUCCAACAACUCCAAAAAGUUCAAGAGAAAUUCCAGCCAGCUCUAUAAUAUCACCCUUCAUGUCUCCUCAAUCUGAAAAAACAAAACGAUUUGAAAAGCUUCCUAAUGGAUUCAUUUAUGAUAAGAAGGCUGAUAUUUAUAUUCUCAUGGAUGCCAAAUCAAAACAAGAUAGAAAGAUACCAUUUAAACUCUCCUCAAAAAUUUAUAAUCAACUUUAUGACUAUCAAAAGGAAGGCCUCUUAUGGUAUUGGGGAAAACAUAUCAGUAUUCGAAAUGAUAUUUCAGGAGGAAUAUUGGCUGAUGAUAUGGGUCUUGGAAAAACAGCAACAACAAUUUCAUUCCUGUCUGGACUCUUCUCUGGUGAUAGUGUUAAACAUGUUCUAAUUGCAAUGCCUGUGAGUUUAGUAGAAAAUUGGAGAAAGGAAUUUAAUGUUUGGAGUGAAGGAGAUUUUAAUAUUUUCAUUUUCCACUCACUUACCAAGAAACAACGUACUGAUAUUUUGGAUCAAUAUAAGCAGGAGGGUGGUGUACUACUAACAACGUACGGUACUAUAUCAUCUCAGAUAGAUUUAUUCACAGAUAGUUAUGUGAAGGAUGGAUAUCAGUUUGAUUAUAUUAUUCUGGACGAAGGUCACAAGUUGAAAAACCCAAGCACCCUUUUAUCUAAAUGCUUACACAAACUCCCAAGCACCAUGUGUAGAAUUGUUAUUAGUGGUACACCUGUCCAAAAUAACUUGAUGGAAAUGCAUGCAUUAAUGGAUUGGAUAUUUAAGGGAACAUUAUUAGGAGAUAGAAAAACAUUUAAGGAUGAGUUUGAAAAGAAGAUUGUCAGAGCCAAUGAAAAGGAUGCCACUAGUUUCGAACAAAAGUUAGGCGCUGAGAUUUUGAGACGUUUCAGAGAAGUCAUUAGCCCACACAUGUUGAGAAGAGAAAAAUCACAAGUUCUGCAGCGUAUUCAACCUGCUGACGCAAACAACUUGAGAAAAUCCAUUGGAGGAUCGUUACAAAAGAAAAUUAGUAAGAAGAACGAUUUGGUAAUUUGGAUCAAGUCCACUAAUUAUCAAUUGGAGCUCUACAGAGAAUUUCUUAAAAGUGAGGAUGUGCAUGAGGUUAUUCACGAAUCUACCUCUCCUCUUGCAGCCAUUACAAUUUUGAAGCAAAUAUGUUGCCAUCCUGAUCUGCUCCCAAAAGUACAAAAGAAAUCUAAAAAUAUCAAGGAAAUGAUUGCCAUGAGUGGUAAAAUGAUUUUCCUUCGAAAACUGGUUCAACAACUUUAUGAAGAGGAUGAAAAAUGUUUAAUAUUCAGUCAAAGUUCAAAAAUGUUAGACAUGAUAGCCUCAAUGCUCAAAUACAUUAAUAUUUCCUACACGAGAAUAGAUGGUACUAUUAACGAUACUAAAGAAAGACAGAGAAGAGUUGACUCAUUUAAUAGUGAAAAUUCACCAUAUUUUUGUUUCUUAUUGACCUCUCAAACAGGAAGUGUAGGGCUUACUUUGACAGCUGCCACUAGAGUUAUUUUGUUUGAUCCGUCAUGGAAUCCAACUCAAGAUAACCAAGCUGCUGACAGAUGUUACAGAAUUGGCCAACUGAAGGAUGUUGUUGUAUAUAGACUUAUUUCAUGCUCUACUAUUGAGGAGAAAGUAUAUAGAAAGCAAGUUUUUAAAGAUGCCAUCUUUAGAUCUACCACAGAAAAGGAAAACCAAUAUAGGUACUUUACAAAAUCAGAGUUAAAAGAACUAUUCUCUUUGCCUCAGAACCCUAAUGCAUCUGAAACACAAUUACAACUCGAAAAUAUUCAUACACCAUCUCCCAAUCAUCAUAGUGAGAAACUGAAACAACAUUUGGAAACGAUCAAAAACUUGGCAAAGGAUGUAAUGACAGGAUUCAGCAAUCAUGAUCUUCUCUACUCAAAGGAAGCUGAUGACUAUGAAGAUGGAACAGCCGAUAAUGAAAGAGAAAUAUCAAUGCUUGCUGACAAUUCAGCAAGAGCUUUGAACUAUCCUUCUCAUAUGACUGAUUCUCCACAAAAUAAGAAAAAAUCAACUAAAACCAAGACAAAAACAUCACAAAAAUCAACAGAUGCAGAGUGGAAAGUUGCUGGUGAUGCACCACCUCCUUCAGAAUUUCUUUUGACCUCCCUUUCUGACAUACAGAAGGAUAAGAGUAUCAACGAGGAAGCAUUCCUCACUCAAAUCAACACAACAAAUCUAUCAAACGAGAAUUGUAAACAAAUGAUAAAAGGGGUGAGGACUCACGGUGAAACAGGAUUUUGGAAGAGAAUAUUGGAUAACUUUUUACCGAAGUCUUUACUUACACAAAAUCAAUUGGAAAAUGAGUGGAAGAAUUUCAAGAUGGGAAAGACUAUUGAGCAUUUGAAUCAAAUACUUACACAUUUUGAUCAUGAGUUUACUGUAAAACCAGAAAUGCCAAAGAUUAGAUCUCAAGUGGCUCUAGUGGGUAAUAAUCCUUCUCAACUUCCUCCAAAAGUCAACUCUAAGGCAGAGGUUCCAUCCUUUAAAAAUCCAGCAAAAAAGACACUGAUAAAACCACCACCAAAAGAUCCUAAAACACCAAUUAGAAAAGAGGAUAGAGAGCCAGAAUUGAGUCCAUCAGAUGAUGAUAAUGAUGACAUGAUGAUGAGCCCACCAGCCAUCCUCUCUCCAGAUAUUCUUCCAAAGAGAAAAUCCUUAGUUGCAGAUCCAGAUAAGUUCAGAAGAAGACUUUCUUCCAUCUUUGGCUUGAUCAAUGAAGAUGAAGAUGAUUUUGAACCAUCUGAUAAGGAAGAGGAAGAAAUUAUGGACUCGUCAAGAAAAUGA